GUCAGGAAGUUAUUGCAUUAGAAGAAGAGACGUUGCCUUGUUAUGACAUGCACCGACCGUGGAACAGUGAUUAGUAAUAUUGCUGCCAAAUCAUGCAUAAUUUUAUUACAUAAUUCAAAAGAUACAUAGCGGUCCAUCAUUCUAAUUAGGAGAAUCUGGUGCCCAGCAAUGUUACUAUUUUUCCAUACCUGGCUUUGCGCUUUGAGUUUUCUUAUCUGCGCACCUGCGUUUGAUGCUAAAGACAAACUCAAUGUUUUAUUUAUUAUGGCGGACGAUAUGAGGCCAACUUUGGGGUGUUACGGAGACCCAAUUGUGAAGUCGCCAAAUAUUGAUCAACUUGCUUCCAAAAGCAAAGUUUUUCUCCAAGCAUACGCACAGCAAGCAGUGUGUGGACCAAGUCGGACGUCAAUGUUGACCAGUCGCAGACCAGACACAACGAGAUUGUAUGACUUUAAUUCCUAUUGGAGAGUCCACGCGGGAAACUACACAACUCUGCCGCAGUACUUCAAAUCACGGGGAUACACCACCAUGUCGGUUGGCAAGGUUUUUCACCCUGGAAUAGCCUCCAACCACACAGAUGAUUACCCAUACAGCUGGUCUGUACCCCCCUAUCAUCCGGCCUCUUUCGCCUACGAAAAGGAGAAGAUGUGCAGGGGCAGUGAUGGCAAGCUUCACGAGAACCUGCUGUGCGCUGUGAACGUGACCCAGAUGCCCCUGGCCACCCUGCCAGACCUGGAGAGCACGAAGGAAGCCACGAGGCUGCUGGAGGCUGCCGCCCGGGCCGGCGACGCCUUCUUCCUGGCCGUGGGCUUCCACAAACCCCACAUCCCCUUCAGGAUACCUCAGGAGUACCUAAGCCUGUAUCCCCUGGAGAAGAUGAGCCUGGCCCCAGACCCAUACGUGCCGCCGGGCCUCCCCAGCGUGGCCUACAACCCCUGGAUGGACCUGAGGAGGAGAGAGGAUGUCCGGGACCUUAACACCAGCUUCCCCUACGGACCCAUCCCCCAAGACUUCCAGCUGAAGAUUCGGCAGCACUACUUUGCGGCCGUGUCAUACAUUGACACCCAGGUGGGACGACUGCUGAGCGCCCUAGAUGAGCUGGGUUUAGCUGAUCAGACCAUGGUGGUCUUCAGCUCCGACCACGGCUGGUCUCUCGGUGAACACGGGGAGUGGGCCAAGUACAGCAACUUUGAAGUAGCCACACGCGUUCCUCUGAUGUUCUACGUACCUGGCUUGACGACAGAGUUCGGUUGGCCAGAAGCAGGAAAGAACUUCCCCUUCAUAGAUGUCUUCAACCAAUCGGAGGAGGUCUUCAAAGCGGGGAGUGUGGUGAGGAAUGUGGUGGAGCUGGUGGAUGUGUUCCCCACGGUGUCCUACCUGGCUGGGCUGCGGGCACCUCACCCCUGCCCUGACGUCUCCUUCAAGGUGCAGCUGUGCACCGAGGGGAGCAACCUGGCUUACAACUUUGGCCGGCGGGAAAGAGGGAGGGACUCAGAAGCCAUCGCCUUCAGCCAGUACCCCCGCCCCUCCAACACGCCCCAGGUGAACUCCGACCUCCCAGACCUGAAGGACAUCCGGGUCAUGGGCUACUCCAUGCGCUCCUGGGAUUAUCGCUACACUUUAUGGGUGACCUUUGACCCCGCCUCCUUCCAGGCCAACAUGUCGGACGUACACGCCGGCGAGCUAUACAUGCUGGAGGACGACCCCGGUGAGGACAACAACCUGUACAAUGCCACGCAUCACGCCAUGCUGCUGAGGAAGAUGAGCUACUUCCAUCCUCAUCAGCCUGACUGGCGUUGGAAUCUUCGACAGCAGCUCCUCUACAUCACCGCAGAGAUGAAAGCCAGCAUGACAUCACUGUAGCCUGUAAACUAAAGACAGGACUUCCCAACAGAAUCCCAAUGAGAUCUACUGAGAAUCUGCUCAACAACAAGGGUCGUUCUAGAAGGGUUUUCUGUGUGAGCAGGAUGGAGCCACUACUGAACAGCCUCCUACAGUCAUGCUGAUGCCAGUUCAGUCCUCCUAGUUUACCACCAGUGGGAGGGAUUCUAAACGCAGUCCCAGUGUGUGUGAGAGAGAUAGGAAAUGGAACAUGUAGAGCAUACAAACACUUUCUGAAUGUCUUCAGACUCAUUGAGGGAAUUAAACUUACUCUGUGAAACAGGGCAUUUACUCAAAACAAAUUGCUCUUUUUUUGCAAGGACGAGCUGUAGUUUCAACUGUACAAAUGGAGUGUGUGUGUGUGUGUGUGUGUGUGUGUGUGUGUGUGUGUGUGUAGAAAUGUUUUUGUUUCAAGGGAGGUCCUUGGCCUCAGGUUGAGCAUCACUGAAGCAUUGUAACAGUUGUUCAAUAAUGCACAUACGUUUCUGCCAGAUUUAAUGCAGAAAUAGUAUCGAAUGUACUGUAAAACAAAAAAAAGAAACAAUAUGCAUAGUGGAGUAUAGAAUGAGAGAAAUAAUGAUCAAAAGAUAGGACUAGUCAUGGUUGACAUAUUGAUUAUCUCUGUAAAAACAUAUAUUUUGUAAAUAUAGUUUUGGAUGUGUCCAGUUCAAAUAAAUGUAUUUGGUAGCAG